CACAGCGUUCAGAGAGUAUAACAGGAAACGGCGAUGGAGGAAAGAGGGUGAUGUGAGAGUGUGAGAGUACCGAUCUCGUCGGUGAUUUAGGCCUACAAUGUCCGCAAUGGAGACAGGAAGUCCUUCUGAAAACUCAGAUGCUUCACCUCAAAUGACAUUUCAAGAAUAUGACAUAACGGAAAACCCUCUUUUAGCAGACGAUAUUCAAAACGAUGCAUUAUUUUCAAACACGACGAGAACACAACACAAGGGAAAUAACUCGGAAUCACCACCAGAACAGCAAAAUCAGCCUUUGUUAGAUUUACAGACCAACCAAGACAAUAAGGAUUCAGAUUCUAGUCAAGAUGAUUUACUCGAACUAACAUGUCCCAGAGUUAACUGCCCAGAAAAGAUAAUUAUAUGCCUGGAUCUGAGUGAUGAGAUGGAUAAAGUGACCUUUAGGUCUAGAUCAGGAGAUAAAUGGACCCCUUUGAAGUUGAUUAAGCGAGCACUGAGACUGUUCCUGCAAAGUAAGAGCAGAAUCAACAAAAAACAUCAAUACGCUUUAGUCAUCUUACAGGAAAGUGCUAUGUGGGUGCGAGACUUUAGUAACAAUCCAAGGGAGAUAAUACAUUUGCUGGAUGACCUUGAAGACACCAGUCAGUGUGAAACACUUAAUAUUGGGUCUAUAUUUGAUGUCAUAAAUUCUCGAGUGGAGUUGCCACAUGUGUCUGGUGAUCCUGCGAUACUGCCGCCUCCAUACAUUGUCAGGACCAUGCUGUUACUGGGAAGGUCACAGGGAACCAUCAACAUGGUAGACAAAGAGACAUUUCGUUUGCUGGAUUCAUCUCCCUAUUUCUUCGUUGAUGCACUGUAUGUGCAUGAGCCUCCUUCUGAAGACAACAAAUGUGAGAAAAUCUUUGACUGUAUUUGUGACUUGGAUGAAAAAGGAAUGAGUUAUAUCUUUGAAGCAGCAAGAAACCCUACAAAGUUGUAUGAUCAAAUGGCCCAGCUGUUAGCUCACCCCUUACAAAGACCUCUGCAGCGUGAUAUUGCUUAUAGGCUUCUAAACAUGGCUGAUAUUGAGGUCUCCUGAUAGAUAAUAGUAUUUUGUAAACAGGCAUCAUUUUUCAAGAGUGAACAAAUCAAGCUUGAGUUACAAAGUUUUCUGACUUUACUGUUCGCUGUUGAACUGUCAUUAUUUGUACCAUAUUUUAGAAUUUUAGAAUUGUUUUGUUUAUAUACUUCUGUACGUAAUAUGUCAUUUUUCAAAUAUCAAUAAAUCAAAACAAAUUUUCA